CCUUCACACUCACCCCAACGAUCUUCUUCUUCUAUCUUCUUCCACCCAUCGUCCUUGAUGCUGGGUAUUUCAUGCCAAACAGACUGUUCUUUGGAAAUCUGGGCACAAUCCUCAUGUACGCCGUUAUUGGCACAGUAUGGAAUGCUGCAUUGACAGGCUUGUCUCUUUAUGGGGUUUUCCUGACUGGAAUAAUGGGACCUCUCCAGGCUGGCCUGCUGGAUUUCCUCCUUUUCGGGAGCCUCAUUGCUGCAGUUGACCCUGUGGCAGUUUUAGCCGUCUUUGAAGAAGUCCAUGUGAAUGACGUCCUCUUCAUUAUUGUCUUUGGGGAAUCUUUGCUGAAUGAUGCGGUGACAGUAGUCCUUUAUAAUGUCUUUGAUUCAUUUGUCGCCAUUGGAGGAGAAAAUGUAACAGGAGUGGAUUGUGUCAAAGGCAUAGUGUCAUUCUUUGUUGUGAGUAUUGGAGGAACUUUGAUCGGCAUUAUUUUUGCAUUGCUGCUGUCCUUUGUCACUCGGUUCACAAAGCACGUUCGUAUCAUUGAGCCCGGGUUCGUCUUCCUCAUCUCUUAUCUCUCAUACCUCACUUCAGAGAUGCUCUCCCUGUCAGCCAUAUUGGCCAUCACCUUUACUGGCGUCUGUUGUCAGAAGUAUGUCAAUGCCAACAUCAAUGAGCAGUCAGUCACCACGGUGAGGUACACCAUGAAGAUGCUGGCUAGUGGCUCCGAGACCAUCGUCUUCAUGUUUCUUGGCAUUUCUGCAGUUGACCCCAAUAUCUGGACAUGGAACACAGCCUUCAUUCUGCUGACCCUGGUCUUUAUUUCAGUGUACAGGGUGAUAGGUGUUGUAAUCCAGACCUGGCUAUUAAAUCGCUAUCGAAUGGUUCAGUUGGAAAUAAUUGAUCAAGUGGUUAUGAGCUAUGGUGGUCUGCGUGGAGCUGUCGCCUUUGCUUUGGUGGCAUUGCUGGAUCCGGAAAAAGUCAAGGAAAGGAACCUGUUUGUUAGCACCACCAUUAUUGUUGUUUACUUCACAGUUGUGUUUCAGGGCCUGACUAUCAAGCCUCUAGUCUCCUGGCUAAAAGUAAAGAGGAGUGAGCACAGGGAUCCCCUUCUGAACGAGAAGCUCCACGGCAGGGCCUUUGAUCAUGUCCUGUCUGCCAUUGAAGACAUCUCCGGACAAAUAGGACACAACUACAUGAGAGACAAAUGGGCCAAGUUUGAAAGAAGAUUCCUUAGCAAACUACUGAUGCGAAGAUCAGCUCAAAAAUCAAGAGACCAAAUUCUGAACGUUUUUCAUGAACUGAAUAUAAAGGACGCCAUCAGCUAUGUAGCCGAGGGUGAACGGCGAGGAUCGCUGGCCUUCAUUAGGUCUGGAAGCACUGACCAGCUUGUAAAUGUGGAUUUCAGCAGCCAGAGGCCAUCGAUUGUGGAUGCAUCAGUAUCUGCUCUACUCAGACGGGGUAACCCAAGUUCUGUUUGUCUGGAUAUGCAAGCCAUUGAGCAAAAACGAAAAAGCGUUCGAGACAAGGAGGACACUUUGAGUCAUCAUGUCCUGCAGCAAUAUCUGUACAAGCCUAGACAUCAGACGAGACACAAGUACAGCAGACAUGCAAUCACUCCGAAUACAGAGGAUGAUGAGCAAGAGAAAGAAAUAUUCAGGAGGACGAUGAAGAAGCGCCUGGAGUCCUUUAAAUCAACCAAGCUUGGAGUUAACUACAGCAAGAAGUCUAUUAAAAAUUAUAAAAAGGAUUGCACGCCCAGAAAGAGUACGGACUUAAUACCAAAUGGGAAACCCCUGACCCCCAGAUUUCUGCAGAACGUGCUCCACAGCGAUAAAGAUCCUGAAUACUCAGACAUAGAAGAGGCACAUGAACACGAGGUGGCUCACCGGGACAUUGGCAUCAGUUUUAUAGCCUCCGCCACGAGGCAAGCACUGGCUGAGACCUACAAUGGCAUCGACAACCCAACAUUCAUCUUCGAUGAGAAUUUUAUGGUUCGGCCUGCAAUUCCUCCAUGGCUGUCCAAUGAAGACACCGUUAUGCCAUCACAGAGAGCGCGGGUUCAGAUACCAUGGUCACCGAAUAACUUCCGACGCCUCACGCCACUGCGGCUGAGCACCAGAUCUGUAGACUCUUUCCAAAUGGCUGAUGGACCCGUCCCAGAACAUCCAAGGAUGACGCUGCCUGAAGGAACCCACUUAUAAUAUUUGAAUGCUUUGCUCAACACACAGGGUUGGGAUGACCCUGAAAUUAUUUAUAGGAACUAUUUAUCUUUUUUUUGUUUUGUAGUUUGCAGAGACUCCUUAUUGACAAGGAAAUACAUUUUUCUUUAACCGUAUUGGGAUUCUGGUUGUCUCCUUAAAUAUCUGAUGUGACAGUCAUGUCUGUGCCCAAGACGUCUUUUAACCUGCCAUAUGCGAGUUCAUGGACGGAGCUGCAGCUAUUUACAAGUUGACACAACACGGCUAAACUGCUAGCUGCAUGAAAGUGUGUUUUCUCCGUACUUCGGUACUUGAACCAGCUCUAGAAAAUGGCACCACCGAGCACUAGACUACCCAACACCAAUCCACCCAAUACAGUUCCGGGUUCAAAUAAAUGUUUUUAUUUAUUAAAUGCAGUCCCUUCAGAAAGGAACACUUCCACUUUUACAACCAUAGAUAACACACUGCUCUUCUCCCUCCAUCCAGU